AUGGAGGAUAUCGGUCUCCUUCCCAAACCCACCAACGACCCCCCAGGCCUCAGACCCACCGUCACCGAGACCUUGGGGCUGCAUCAGGUCCCACCAGACCAGCUGCAGGUGACUGAUGCGAGCAGGAAGUUGGAGGUGGACAGAGAUGGAGCGUCGAGGAAAAGGUCUCCCUCAGUGAUCACAGCCGAGUCGCUGAUGGUUCCCCCGUCACAGAAUCUGGCUCCUGUGGGUGCUGACGCCGCGUUCCUUCAUACAGCUGCCAAAAAUGGAAACACUAAUUUGGAUAAGACAGGCGCCGCGAGAGCCAAAGUCAAAGUCGCAGAUCCGUCCAAGUGGAAGCAAAACAAGCAGAAGCAGCUGAGGAUGGAGGGGAAAGCGUAUGUCAGCAAACGCAAGAAAGACGGCGAGAUCGUGACCAAGCAGCCGAGAGCGAUGGGGCCGAGAUGCACCUCGGACGCAUGCAGGAAGGCGUCCAACCGGCUGUGCAAUGACAUCACAGACGAGGCGAGGAGGAGAGUGUUUGAUGACUUCUGGCAGCGCAUGAACUGGUCCCAGAGAAAACUCCAUGUAGCAGCACAAGUGGACCGCGACCCCGUGGAGAGGUCUCGGGCGGCGGGCCUGCAGUCGAGGAGAUCGGUUUCACUGCGCUAUCACCUGAUGGUGGACGGCAAAAGGAAGCAGGUGUGCAAGAACAUGUUCCUGUCCACGCUGGGGGUUGGAGAGUGGUCGGUGCUCAACUGGACGCAGAGAGGAGCGACGAAGAAAUCAAAUGAAAACAAAUCCGACAAGAGGCUGGCUCUGCCUCAGCGCCCACAGCCGAUGCCUGCUCCUGCAGCGCUCAGCAACACUGUGGACGCUACUCAGGAACAAGUUCAUCCCACCGACAAAGACAAACACCAGCCGCCAGAACCAGAGGGGCCCGUCAGGAAGAAAUCCAGAGUCGCCAAGCCGCUAACAUGGAAACAAAACCGACAGAAGCAGCUGAGGAUGGAAGGAAAACCGUACGUCAGCAAGCGCAAGAAAGACGGCGCCACAGUAACCAAGGCUCAGAGGACCAUGGGACCCAGAUGCACAUCCAGCGCCUGCAGGAGGGCGUCCAACCGCUUCUGUGCCGACUUUAGCGACGAAGCGAGGAGCGAGCUGUUCACCGGUUUCUGGCAGUGCAUGAACUGGGCUCAGAGAAAGAUCCACGUGGCCGGACUGGUCGACUGUGACCCGGUGGAAAGAACCCGAGCGCCGUGGACUCAGUCGAGGAGAUCAGUGUCGAUGCGGUAUCAUUUGUUAGCCGACGGUGACAGAAAACAAGUGUGCAAGAAGAUGUUCCUGUCCACUCUGGGCAUCGGGGAGUGGUCGGUGCUGAACUGGGCCCAGAAUGUGUCUGAGCCGGAUAGCUCAGCAGAAAACACUAAGAAGCAAACGCAGAGGAAGUCUCGUAAAGCCUCGGAGCACGUGUUCCUGAAGGAGUUCCUCGACAGUUUACCCAAAGUGCCCUCAGACUGCUUCGGGACGUCCAUCUCCAAGCUGUACCUGGAGCCCGUCUUCUCGAACAUGUCCGAGGUGUACCGGCACUACUACAACCACUGCCUCGAGCAGAAGGCCACGCCGCUCUCCCGCCAGGUCUUCUGUGCCGUUUUUAAGAAGAUGGAUUUAGGACUGUGCGACCUCAAAAAGGAUCAGGGCUGUUCUUUUGGUACAACAGGAAACUUGUUUAAUGAGCUCUGGGAGGAAUACUGCAUGGAGAGAGGAGCUCAGGCAGAGAAAGCAGGGAGCCAGUAG